AAUUGUUUGACAGAAAAGGAAGACUAAGGCAUGCAAUAGGCUUAUCUGUUUGUGUGAAAAAGUAGAGAUGAACUCCGCAAAUGUGUGCUGCUGCUCUAUCUUGCCAUUCAACACUAACAAAACAAUUGGGUUGAAGUUGAAGUUGAAGUUGAAGUUGGCCCAUACAACCAAAACCAGAAUCCAUUCAUCAUCAUCAUCAUCAAAUGUCACUGUGGCAGAUGACUUUCAAGCAUUCCUCAAUAUUCUUCCAUUUGAUUUGCAUCAGAUUCUUCUCAAUCAUCCCAAACGACCUCAACUUUUAGAGGUCAUAUUGGACUUGGGUCGCUUCCCAGAGGCGCGCUAUCUUGGUGAAUAUGGUGGUCAAUAUUUAAGGAAUACUGAGGUGUCAGUGGAAGAAUUAGAGUAUGCUCAAAAUGCUGUUGGAGAAUUUGGAGGUGAUAACAGGGCUGGCAUUGAUGGGACCCUGCACAGAAUAUCUGCAAUCCGGAGUAGGAAAGGGGUGAUAGUUGGUUUAACUUGUCGAGUUGGCAGGGCAGUCAGUGGUCAGGCUGACAUGGUUAAUGAUCUACUUCAUUAUGGAAAGAGCAUCUUAUUUGUUGGAAGUUUCAACUUUUCAAGGCCAGGAGUUGGCAAGACUACUGUUAUGCGAGAGAUUGCACGUGUCCUAUCGGAUAAAUUUGACAAAAGAGUGCUAGUAAUUGAGCAGGUGAUCGUUGAUACAAGCAAUGAAAUAGGAGGGGAUGGGAAUAUUCCACAUGCCGCAGUAGGAGGUGCAAGAAGAAUGCAGGUUCCAGAUCCAUCUUUACAGCACAAGGUCAUGAUUGAGGCUGUAGAAAAUCAUAUGCCCGAAGUCAUUAUUGUUGAUGAGAUAGGCACAGAGGCUGAAACCCUUGCCUGUCGGUCAAUAGCUGAGAGAGGCAUUAUGCUUAUUGGUACUGCUCAUGGAGAGCGACUUGAAAACAUAAUUAAGAAUCCGACUCUUUCUGAUCUGAUUGGAGGUGUAGAAACAGUUACCUUAGGAGAUGAAGAAGCCCGAGCUAGGAGGAGUCAGAAAAGCAUUCUUGAAAGAAAAGGCUCUCCAACUUUUUAUUUCUUGAUUGAGAUGAGAGAGAGGCACCAUUGGGUGACUCAUUUGACAGAGAAAAGUGUGGAUAUGUUGCUUCGUGGAAAAAACCCAUUAGUUGAGGUUAGGAAGAGGAAUAAUGAAUUGAAGGUUGUAAUAGAACGAUGGAAGGAAUAUGAUGGAAAAGCCUUUUAGUCCUUGUUGCAUUCUUCAUUUUUCUUUCUCUCUUCCUAUACCACCUCUGCCUAUCCGGUUUCCAAAGGUUCGCCCUGACUAAUCCGGAUCCGAGCCGCGUCGCGCACUUGCAUGAUGGGUGAGUUUACCAGUGGAGAUUUUAUGUAUUCACAAGACUCGAACCCGAGACUUUGCUUAAGCGAUAUCAAGCAGUUUACCACUUGGAUCAAACCCCAUUGGUAAGGAAGAAAUCAUUCUAGUCGAGACUUCAUCUUUAAAGGAAAAAGUUAGAAAAUUCAAUGUGAAAUUUGCAAUAAAAUGAUAGGUAAUGAAGAAGAAGAUUGUUGGCACACGGGGAAAAACCUUGAUGCUUCGUGAUAGAAAUUUGGGAAUAUCUAAAAACUAGCAGAAUUAAUGAUGAAAAA